AGCCAUUUCCUGCGCAUUGCGACAGAAAAUUCAAUGCCCAUGGUGACCAGCUGUGUGCUGGUGCAGCUGACUUUUCUGGCCGCGUGUGUUCUGCUUCGAAACUUCAGCCGCUUCAGCCUGCGCUUGGUGGCACCGUUGCCAGAUGGCAGCGCCGAUGGCGCUCCUAGCGAUGGCAGUCCUGAGGUCCAGCUGAGCUGCGGGGCGCUCCAUGGCACCUGGUCCCAGGGUGUCGCCGCCUUCCGUGGGAUCCGCUAUGGCCAGGCGCCGCUCAGACAACAACGCUUCCGGCCCGCGCGAGCGGCGGCCUGUCAAGCUGGUGAUGCCAUGGAGGAUGGCAACAGCUGUUUGCAGGGAGGUCGAGCCGGAGCCAAUGAAAGCGAAGAUUGUUUGAAUUUGAACGUGUUUCUUCCAUCAAAACAUCUCCGUGGCACUGCUAAGUUACCAGUCAUUGUUUGGAUUUAUGGUGGUUCGAACAUCAUGGGCUCUGUAGAAUUCUAUGGUCCUAUUGAGAACCUGGUGCGGCAACGCGACUGUGUGUUGGUGGCCAUGAACUAUCGCCUGGGCAUUUUUGGCAACUUGGCCUUGCGUGAAUUGGCUGAGGUUGAUCCACGAGGAAGUAGCGGAAAUCUGGGCAUCACAGAUCAGCAGCUGGCAUUGCAAUGGGUGCAGCAGAAUAUCGCAGCCUUUGGUGGUGACCCUGAGCAUGUCACGUUGCUGGGGCAAAGCUCCGGUGGCACCAACAUCUUGGCCCAUCUUGCCUCGGAGUCGAGUCGUGGCCUGUUCCAUCGAGCAAUCUCCUUGUCGGGAUCGCCGAAUAUCACCAUGGAUCGCCAGAGCAAGGAGGACAUGGAUCGUCGCCUCAUUCUUCCAAAUACUCCCUGUGCUGGGAUGUCUGGAGAACCAUUACUGGAAUGCCUCUAUACAGCUGAUGCACAUACAUUGGAUAAAGCUUUGCCAAUGUCCUACAAGAUCUUUGAUGUUCUGUGGGACUAUCCCAACAACAGUCAUGGCAUUGCCUCCCGCGAGAGCGCUCUUCUUUAUGUGGACGGCGUCACGGUGAGUGCGCCCGUGGAAGAGGCCUUACGUCGCGGGAUCAACGACGUGCCGAUCUUGUUGCAGAGUAUGCAAGCAGAGAUGGAUUGUGCUCCAGCACCACAGGUGGAGAAUCUGAGCCAGCAGGGCUUGAGAGAUUUCUUCCAUCAGCAGUUUGCUGAAUAUGGGGAAGAUGUGGCCAAGAAAGUCUAUGACAUCUAUGGACAAUACCAGCCACCUGCAUAUGCUGCCUAUGCCGUGGAUGCAGAUACCGCUACCGCCUGUGGUUUUCGACAGUUGGCACAAGCUGCUGGGAAUGGCUUCAGGUCUCCUGUGUUUUGGAGUACGGUAACUGCAUCGCCCAGCAAAGCACUGAAAAACCAACGCUUUCCCUACCACAACUGGGAUUUUACUGCUGCCAGUCGAGUGUUUAGUUUCUAUGAUGAGCACUUCGAAGCAGAUGAGAUGGACCUAGCUCUGGGGGAUCGCUUUCGGGCGGAUUGGUUUGACCUCAUCCUGCAUGGCGAGAUGUUUCAUGGCUGGAAAAGGGUCCAAGACUCGCAGCACGGAGAAGUCAUAGGCUCAGAGGUGGGAGCCACCCAAACUCAGUGGCAUAGAAAUCACAAGGCCAUGGAGUGUGACUUUUGGAAAUCCAUCGGUGUGGAUCAACGCUGGUGGUGGAUCAACUGAGACUGAGAUCCAGAAGCCAUGUGCCACUUCAAAUAGCUGGUGCGUCCGGUGCUUCGCAGAAAA